GCGCACUGUUUUUGUCUUUUUUUGGUCAUAAAUCAAAUAUUUCAAUUGAUACCACAAAAUAAUUUAUAAGCACUGGUAUGUCGAGACACGAAGCAGUUAUAAUGGCAGCCGAGGCCAACAAGAAAGCCGAGUCAGGUCACUACUACGCGGCCAUUGAACUAUACUCGCGGGCCAUCGAUUUAUAUCCAUUUGAUUACCGAUUUUAUUUGAAUCGCGCCUAUUGUUAUGAAAAGAUAGAUCUCUUUCAUUUGGCGUUUACCGACUCAGAGGAGGCCAUCAAACAGCAGCCAAAUAUCGAGAAGUGUUACUUUCGAAAGGCUCGGGCAUUGACUGGACUUCGAGAGUAUCAGAGAGCAGAGGAAACAUAUAAAAUGGUAUUAAAAACAAACCCCAAUUGUCCGGAAACAAGACGAGACUUAAUACAAGUUCGUUGUGAAGCACUACAGGAUAUGGGCUUUGAUCGAGAAAUGGCCAUCAAAUCAGCGAUGACUUCAGACUCAAUUCGUGAAGCCAUUGACCAACUACUGGCCACCGCUGCAACUAAUGAAGACGUCUAUAACAAUGCCAAUCAAUUACCAGUUGAUAACUAUGUUGACGCAAACACUGCCAAUAAUAACGGUUACACUUCGGAUUUGACCGCCGAUGAUGACAACAGUGAUGACAAUAACGACACUUUUCCCAAUCUAACGAGUAUUGGCGGAGAGGAUUUGACCACUCAAUAUGAACCGGGUUUUCGAUAUGCAGACAAAGCCCGUAAAUGGGCUCAAGUGGUUGAAUCGAUACCAACACAAUCAUCGGAUAUUCCGCCGCAAAAAGCGAAGACAAACUUAGAAAUCAACGAUUACUUAAAGCCAACGAACCAAAUGACAGCUCCGGUGGUCUUGAGAUCCGACGAUAGACUACAUAAGCCGACAAACAUUUGGAAUUAUAACGGACUGAGAGUAGAGAACGUGAUCGCAGACUACAAGAAAGCACUUCUCAAGAGAUUCAGUGUCUACGGCAAAGUCAAAUCACUGGAACCGAUGCGCAAUUCGCGGACCACUAUUUGGGUAUACUAUGACAAUCCUGUGUCGCCCGUGGAGGCCAUCGCCGGUUUACAAGGUGUCGCUUUGGCCGACAUUUGUUGCUAUCAAAGGGGCGAACCGUUGCCAAUUCGGCUGUACUUUGCGCCGACCAAUGACCAGCCGGAGCUCAAGUUUUGUCGACCGAAACAACCGGCAGAUAAUAAGGGUGAGUGUUAUUACUGGCGGACAACUAACUGUAGUCUCGAUGACAAGUGUCAGCUCUUACACAUCGACGCCAAUAAACACAUCGACGCUCAGGUUUGGAUGAAAACCAGAGAUUCAAAGGCUGUCUAAAUAAAUGAUAAAAAAACAACUAUUCCUCA